CUCUAUCUCUCGCCACAUUACAAGCUCCGAAAGAAUGCUUAUUUUUCCUCCUCUUCUCUCUCCCUCUUCGUCUCGGCCAUCUCUUCCGGCGAAAUUGCCGCCGUGUUCCAGCCGUUCAUCGGCCAGGAUCUUCUAAUUCACCAACUUGAAUUCUGCAAGGAUAUUCUUGGCUUGAAGAGCUGAGAAUUAUGGAUGGUGCCAAGGAGUAUGGCCUUAGAAAUGUCAGUUCUCAUUGUUCAAUCUCUGAAAUGGAUGAUUAUGAUUUAUCAAAGCUUCUUGAGAAGCGGCGGAUCAAUACAGAGAGGAAGAGAUCCUUUGAUGACAGAUCACUUAGUGAGUUGUCAAUUGGCUUACUAAGAGGCCUAGAUCACUUUGACAGUUCAUACUCACCUUUACGAUCAGUAGUGGAUUCUCCUGCUUCAUCUGACCAGAACUCUUUUGAACCUCAUCCAAUGGUUGCUGAAGCUUGGGAUGCUCUUCGCAGAUGUACAGUGUUCUUCCGGGACCAUCCUGUCGGUACAAUUGCUGCUUAUGAUCAUGCUUCAGAGGAGGUUCUUAAUUAUGAUCAGGUUUUUGUACGAGAUUUUGUACCCAGUGCUCUGGCUUUUCUAAUGAAUGGUGAGCCUGAUAUAGUUAAGAACUUUCUACUAAAGACGCUACAACUUCAAAGUUGGGAAAAGAAAGUAGACAGAUUCAAGCUUGGGGAAGGGGCUAUGCCAGCUAGUUUCAAAGUUCUUCAUGAUCCAGUUCGCAAGAUGGAUACUAUAGUGGCAGAUUUUGGUGAGAGUGCAAUAGGAAGAGUUGCUCCAGUUGACUCUGGAUUUUGGUGGAUUAUUCUACUACGGGCAUAUACAAAGUCCACCGGAGAUUUAACUCUGGCUGAAACAUCAGAGUGUCAAAAGGGAAUAAGGCUUAUACUGACCUUGUGUCUUUCGGAGGGAUUUGAUACAUUUCCAACUUUGUUGUGUGCUGAUGGAUGCUCAAUGAUUGAUCGAAGAAUGGGUAUUUAUGGUUAUCCUAUUGAGAUUCAAGCACUUUUCUUUAUGGCAUUGAGAUGUGCUUUCACUAUGCUGAAACAUGAUGCAGAGGGGAAAGAGUUUGCGGAGAGAAUAGUAAAGCGCUUGCAUGCGUUGAGUUAUCACAUGCGAAGUUAUUUCUGGCUUGAUUUCCAGCAGCUUAAUGACAUAUACCGAUAUAAGACGGAGGAGUAUUCCCACACUGCGGUUAACAAGUUCAAUGUUAUUCCUGAUUCAAUCCCAGAAUGGGUGUUUGAGUUUAUGCCAAAGCGUGGUGGCUACUUUGUUGGCAAUGUCAGCCCUGCAAGGAUGGAUUUCCGAUGGUUUGCUUUAGGUAACUGUAUUGCUAUUUUAUCUUCCUUGGCAACUCCUGACCAAUCUGCCACUAUUAUGGAUCUUAUAGAAGCACGCUGGGAGGAGCUGGUUGGGGAUAUGCCUUUGAAGAUAUCUUAUCCUGCAAUAGAAAGUCAUGAAUGGAGAAUUGUGACUGGUUGUGACCCAAAGAACACGAGAUGGAGUUACCAUAAUGGAGGAUCUUGGCCAGUGCUUUUGUGGUUGCUAACGGCUGCUUGCAUCAAAACUGGACGACCCCAGAUAGCAAGACGAGCAAUUGAUCUGGCCGAAAACCGUCUGCUCAAGGACAAUUGGCCAGAGUAUUAUGAUGGGAAACUUGGGCGAUUUAUCGGCAAGCAAGCAAGGAAAUACCAGACAUGGUCGAUUGCCGGAUAUCUGGUAGCAAAGAUGAUGUUGGAAGACCCCUCACACCUGGGGAUGAUCUCCCUGGAAGAAGACAAGCAAAUGAAGCCUGUAAUGAAGAGGUCCUCCUCCUGGAACUUUUGAAACAAUCAAAGAUGAUAGGCAAACCCAAGGUUAGGGAUCAUGUUAUUUGUAGGAAAGAAUUUCUUUGGCAGUUGCAUUCUUUUGUAGGCAUGGUUCAAGUUUAGUUUCGUGAAAUAGGAUUUUUCUUUUUUCUUUUUUUGGCUGGGGAGAAAUAGGCAAUUUUGAAAUGCAAACUCUGAAUCAUGUUUCAUAUAUAUAUAUAUAUAGUGU